AUGGCCACUCAACCUCAACCGGGCCAGAAGCCCAAGGUCCAACCCUGCCGAUACAAAACCGGAAAGACCCUAGGAGCAGGCACCUACUCGGUCGUGAAGGAGUGCGUACAUAUCGAUACCGGCAAUUACUAUGCAGCGAAGGUGAUCAAUAAGCGCUUGAUGGUAGGAAAAGAAAAUAUGGUUCGGAAUGAGAUUGCGAUAUUGAAGAAAGUAUCCACGGGCCAUAAGAACAUUCUGACGCUGGUGGACUAUUUCGAGACGAUGAAUAACUUAUACCUUGUUACGGACCUUGCGCUUGGCGGAGAGCUCUUUGAUCGCAUCUGCCGAAAAGGCAGCUACUACGAGUCUGAUGCGGCUGACCUCGUUCGCACGAUAUUGUCCGCGGUGGCAUACCUACACGACCACGGCAUCGUACAUCGCGACCUGAAACCGGAGAACCUUCUUUUCCGCACGCCCGAGGACAACGCAGACCUGCUGAUUGCGGACUUUGGGCUGUCACGGUUUAUGGACGAAGAGCAGCUCCAUGUUCUCACGACGACAUGCGGUACGCCAGGAUACAUGGCGCCCGAGAUCUUCGCUAAGACCGGCCACGGAACACCUGUUGACAUCUGGGCCGUCGGAGUCAUCACCUACUUCAUGCUCUGCGGCUACAUGCCCUUUGACCGUGACAACAACGUGGAAGAAUUCCAAGACAUCACAACAGCAAACUUCACAUUCACCCCCGUUGAGUACUGGCGCGGCGUAUCCCAGGACGCCCGCAACUUCAUCAAGAGCUGUCUAACAGUCAACCCUAAGAAACGCCUGACUGCCCACCAAGCUCUCCAGCACCGCUGGAUCAACCCGCCAUACGACGUAACAGACAGCCUCGGAGGUGAAGAUCUCCUCCCCACCUUUAAGAAGAACUUCAACGCUCGCCGCACGCUGCACAAGGCUAUCGAUACCGUUCGCGCUAUCAACAAGCUUCGCGAAAAUGGCGGUCUUAUGAUGGACGGCAUGAUGAGCGUCGAUCCCAAACCUGAGCACGUUAACGGGAGUGAGGUCGUCGACGAAGACAGACUUACCCCACGGAGUAGAGGCGACCCCAUGGAGAUCGAUAGCCGUGGCAAUGGCCGCGGCCAGACGGAACAGCAGAUCCGUGAGCAGGAGCGGAAAGUCAAGGAGACUGUUGCUGGGUUGUGGAGUCGGACUGCAGCCCGGAGUGAGCGGUGA